UUCAAAUCUGAGCCCGUGGAAAAGGGAAGUUUAUAUCAUACACUGAUGUCAAGCUGAAGGAUCACAGAAAACUAGAAAGUGAUACACAGCUAUUUUGUUAUAAGCUAGCAAUACCAUUGAAAUACACAAUGAACAAUGCAAAUCCUCUUCAAAGUGAACUAAGUUUGCCGACAACAGGAAGAUUUGAGUGGAUCGAUGAUAAAAAUGAACUUGUGUUCAUCAAAUUUACUGACCAAAAAUCACAAAAGUCUAUUUAUUCACAAAAAAAUCUUUACAAAACGAGUCAUAUGAAAAUUGUUGAUGAAAUUCGUACAAUAACUAUAAAGGAUAUAAAAUCUGCUGCUUUGACAAGAUUAAAAGCUUCAGGAAAGCAUUUCCAAUAUUCCCAACACUUUGCUAAAAUGAUCAAAUCCCCAGAAUGUGACAAACUAUUGAUAAGUUUGGCAAAAUAUUUAGAAUGUUAUUUUAAGAUAUUGAAAUUUGAAGAAAAAUUUGCCGAUGAAAAAUUAUUACCCAAUGUAAACCAGUUAAAGGAACAAGAAGAAUUACAUAAACGAAUAGAUAUAUUAAAAUAUGAUUUUUCACUUGCGUACGCUAAAUUUCUACUACUUGAACGAAGUCUAGUGCAUAAUAUAUGCCCUAGACCAACUGAUCCAGUUGCAACGGCAAAAACAGAUCAAAAUUUAUAUGAAACAUUCUUUUGGUUUUUUGUAUUUUGUAUGUGGAUAACAUUUCUACGAACAAGAUUUAAAGAAAUCUGUGCUCAAAUUGGAUGGUUUACAAGAUCAGAAAUGUUCAAUUCUCUUGGGCGACAAGGAGCUUCCUAUUUCGGUCAAAAAGGCGAACUCGAUAGUAAGAAUAUCAAGAUAUAUCAGACACAACUACCCCGAGCAUCAAUGCUAAAUAAGUGCUCACCAGCCCUAAGGCUUAUAUUACCUGGUGCGGAAGAAAACAUAGCUAAGACUAACCUGAACAAAAGUGAAGAUAAGCAAAGAAGGUUACAUAUGACUGAGACUAAUGUACAUGACGAAAAUGAAAAAAUAGGUAUUCUUGGAGACUAUCGACAUUUAUAUGACGAUCAACUUAUACUUAAUAAACAAACUGCUGACAGAGACCAAGAAAAGCACGAAGAUGACAACGAGAAUAACGAUGAAGAAGACCAAGAGAAAGGUGACAAGAAAAGUGUAUAA